UUUCUUGCUUAUCUGGGUAUCAUUACUUUUCUUGCUCAUCUGGGUAUCAUUACUUUCGUUGCUCAUCUGGGUAUCAUUACUUUCGUUGCUCAUCUGGGUAUCAUUACUUUUCUUGCUCAUCUCUGUAUCAUUAUCCUUAUUGCUCCUCUGGAUAUCAUAAUUCUUCUUGCUCCUCAGGGUAUCGUUACACGCAUUGCUGAUCUGAGUGGGUACCAUUUCCUUCGUUGCUCAUCUGAGUAUCAUUACUCUUGUUGCUCAUCUGAGUACCAUUACACUUGCUGCUGAUCUGGGUGGAUGCCAUUACCUUCGUUGCCCUCCUGCGUGCCAUAACCUUCGUUGUCAAUCUUGAUACCAUUACCUUUUUUGCUGAUCUUGGUAACAUUACUCUUGUUAUUGAUCUGGUACGAUAACCAUUACUCUUAUUGCUUACUUGGAUACAAUUAUUUUGUUGCUGAUCUGGGUUCGUUUACUCUUGUGUUGCUGAUCUGGGUACCAUUACUUUUGCGGCUCAUCUAAUAGAACGUUACUGUUGCAUUUACUAUGAAACAAAGUAAAAAUUAAGUAACAAAGAGGGCUCUUAUGACCCUAAGCCGCAAAUCUGAUAUAGCAAAUUUGAGAAAGGUCAGUGUAAAAAUACUUUUGAACGCGAUUGUUCAAACGUCACACUUUAGAAACCCCUGUUACUAGUCAAUUCGAAAUACGUGAACACAUCUGUGACAGACCCAUGAAAAUUGUUUCUGUCCAAGUAACAUGAUUACCCACUAUGCCAUUCAUAAGAAUCAGUUCUUCGAAUUUAGCUACGUUUAUAUCCCGAUGUCCCUAAAGUUCAUACAAACGUAUCCAUUUGAUCGUCUACACAAGGAUGCCCUCUGACCAGUUUUGUUGAGUAAGUUUAAAGGUUUUCUUUUUUUAAGGCGGAAACAUUUAAACACGCUUAAGAGAUGUAAAUACAGUGACAGUUUGAUUUGUAUUAAAUAACACUUCAAGCUCUCAUCUACACGCAUUUAGCCGCUAAGUGUUGUUACAUACACAGACGAAGUCACUUGUAUGAAAAUAUUCUGAAUAGUUGGCACAUGCUUUCGGCAAUCAUGGUUGUUUUAAAAAUCAGAUCAGUGCUAUUAUGCGCUAUGAGCGUAUUUUUGAUGUCAGGAAACGCGUUAGAAUUUAGUGCUGAUGUUGUACAUGAAAUAUUUUCUAGAAGAAUGGAUGACGUUUUGCUUGAAAAUAGACUGCUAAGGAUUAAGUUAGAAGAGGCAGUUACCAAGAUGGAUAAUCAGACUGACAGGAAACGAAUUUAGAAGGAAGCGUCAAAAAGAUAGAAAACCAGGCUAAAAGAGGAACGGGUAUUGAAAAUGCGAUGCAAAAUCUGAACAACCUGAUGGACAAACUAGAAAAUAGUACUUUGAACAAUGAAAAAGCUAUCUCUGAAGUAAAACUUCUGGCAACUGAAACUAAACAGUUUCGCAAAAUAUUAUCAGCAAUUAAACAAUCAUUGCACAACAAAUUCGUCAUUUUCAAAAAUGAGGUGAAACUGCAAAUGUCGGUGAUGAAUAUUGCGGUAAAAUCGCAUACUAUCUGUUUCGAAAAACUUUUGAAACUGACUGAAGAAACUGUAAGUGUUAAUCUGAAUGAUAACUCCAGCGAUUUGAACGAGACAUUUCUAUAUUUUAAGCAAGAAAUCAACACGUGUGUCAGUGGAAAUGAGCGAAACCUACAAAUGCUCCAAAAUGAAACGGAUCAAGAAUUGGACCACCACACGGAAUCUUUGACUGAUUUUGGUUUUUGGUUUUUUUUGGGGGGUUUAACGCCGUUUUUCAACAGUAUUUCAGUCAUGUAACGGCGGGCAGUUAACCUAACCAGUGUUCCUGGAUUCUGUACCAGUACAAACCUGUUCUCCGCAAGUAACUGCCAACUUCCCCACAUGAAUUAUCAGAGGUGGAGGACUAAUGAUUUCAGACACAAUGUCGUUUAUCAAAUAGUCACGGAGAACAUACGCCCCGCCCGAGGAUCGAACUCGCGACCCCGCGAUCCGUGGACCAACGCUCUUACCUACUGAGCUAAGCGGGCGGGCUCUUUGACUGAAAUUAAUGGUACAAUUAUGCAACUGAUUACAAUAUAUGAUGACAAGUUCAACAGUUUCACUAAGUAUGUGAAAUGGCAAAUGUCAACAAUGAAUGCUUCUGUAGAAUCUCAAAUUUCCUCACUUGAAACAAUUCUAAAACACACAGAAGAAACUAUACGUUUCACACUGAAGGAAUACUCCAACGAUAUGAAUGAGACAUUUUCAUAUCUUAUCUUGGCAAAUGUCAACAAUGAAUGCUUCUGUAGAAUCGCUAAUUUCCUCACUUGUAACAAUUCUAAAACUCACUGAAGAAACUGUUAGUUUUAACGAUAUGAAUGAGACAUUUUUAUAUCUAAAGCAAGAAAUCAGAGCGUGUGUUGAUAAAACUGAGCGAAACCUAGAAACGCUCCGAAAUGGAACGGAUAAAGAACUGGGCCAUCACACGAAAUCUUUGACUGAAAUUAACGGUAAAAUUCAGCAACUAAAUACAAUAAAUGAUGACAAGUUCAACAGUUUCACAAAUUAUGUGAAAUCGCAAAUGUCAACAAUGAAUGCUUCUGUAGAAUGGCAAAUUUCCUCACUUGAAACAAUUCUAAAACUCGGUGAUGAAACUGUUAGUUUUAAACUGAAGGAAUACUCCAACGAUAUGAAUGAGAUAUUUUUAUAUCUAAAGCAAGAAAUCAAAGCGUGUGUUGAUAAAACUGAGCGAAACCUAGAAACGCUUCGAAGUGGAACGGAUAAAGAAUUGGACCAUCACACGAAAUCUUUGACUGAAAUUAACGGUACAAUUCAGCAACUAAAUACAAUAAAUGAUGACAAGUUCAACAGUUUCACAAAUUAUGUGAAAUCGCAAAUGUCAACAAUGAAUGCUUCUGUAGAAUCUCAAAUUUCCUCACUUGAAACAAUUCUAAAACACACAGAAGAAACUAUACGUUUCACACUGAAGGAAUACUCCAACGAUAUGAAUGAGACAUUUUCAUAUCUUAAACAAGAAAUCAAAACGUUUGUCGAUGAAAAUGAGCAAAACCUAGAAACGCCUCGAGGUGCAAAUGAUAAAGAAUCGGAAAAUCCCAUAGAAUCUUUGAAUGAAGCUAAUGGUGCCAUUCAUAAGCUGAAAACAAGAAUUGUAAAAGUUGAAACAAGACAAGGAAAAAGAGUGGCUUUCUUUGCAAGACGUGCGGAGAAACGGAGUAAUGGAAAAUUACGUUUUUCUUAAGUACACCUGAACGAACGAUCUGCAUAUGAUGCCCGUUUCCUGGACUUUAUUCGUUUACAGCGACUGUCAUUGAAAUGAGAGACGAUGUCAAUCAUAUUGCUUGUGGCAUUCGGAAGAAUUGUAUUGUUUCCGCCUACAUGUAUUUUAUUACUGCUAAAAUAAACGGUACACGAGCAACAGACGGAAGUGCAUCGGCAACAGGGGCAGCAACAAUGAAUGCAUUAAUUUUGGUAAAAGGGGAUCGCGUAUACGUCUACUGUAUCAAGAGCACUGACACCAGCCUUUUCGCCUCUUCAUUUAGUGGCUUUCUAGUCAGUGCUGAUCCUUAAACUUUAGCCUACUAAAUUUCUAAAAUGAACUGGUCCAUCAUUGCAUUUUGGGCAGUACCACAUAUUAAUCUUAGAGGUGUUCAUGAAAAUCUACCGACUGAAUAGUGAACAGUGCAGACCAAGCCUGCUUGGAUGUGCAGGCUUAACUUGGUCUGCACUGGUCGUAAAGGCAGAAUCACUUGCCACCAGCAGACUUAAGACUAUCUUAGUAUCUAAUAAGUAUGCCCCUUUCGAAGAAGGAGGGGUAUAUUGUUUUACUGAUGUCAGACGGUCGGUCGGUCGGUCGGUCGGUCCGUCUGUCUGUCUGUCGGUCGGUCGGUCCGCAGACCAAUCGGUUUCCGGAUGAUAACUCAAGAACGCUUGGGCCUAGGAUCAUGAAUGUUGAUAGGGAGGUUUGUAAUGACCAGCACAUGACCCCUAUUAAUUUUGCAAUCGGUAGGUCAAAGGUCAAGGUCACAGGGGCGCAAAACUUGAAAACUGUUUCUGUUCAAUAACUCGAAAACCACUUGAUUCAGAACCUUCAGACUUGGUAGCAUGAUUGGACUUACCAAGUGGAUGACCCUUUUUGUUUUGGGGUCAGUAGGUCAAAGGUCAAGGUCACAGGGUCCUGAACCUUGAAAAUGGUUUCCGCUCAAUAACUUGAGAAACACUUUACCAAAAACAUUCAAACUUUGUAGCAUGAUUGGACUUAUGAAGUCAUAGCGAUCACAGGAUUGGACAACCAAUCAUGGGGCAUACAUGUUUUACAAACAUCUCUUGUUUAUAAAUAGAAAUUAAUAACUUCAUUCGGGGGACUUGUGAUUAGUGUGAUUAUUGUGUGGCUUACACAUUCAAUCAUUCAAUCUCAAAUUUUCCUCUUACACAUUGACUAAGAAAGUAUAUUGGAUAUCUUAAUCAUUAUUUGCAGCUAUUCCAAAUUUUCAUUAUCAAAUGAAUUCCUUACAAGAUUUUAGCUAAAUGUCUUUUAUUCUAAACUCUGUGUUUAAAAGUACUUUCACUAUAGUAUUUUAUUCAAAGCAUGACGUUCAAAAUCAUAUAAUCUUCAAUUUAAUCUGGAUCGCAACGCAGAGAAUUCCAGAAUUAUGUAAAUUAAUUAAAGGUAAAGAUGCAAAACCCGGGAGGCAGACUUUUAUUAGAAAAAAAUGAAGAUCUAAUAAAAUUUAAAGUAGACACGAAAUAAAAAUAAGUAUAUCUGAAAAAUUUAGUAUGAAACUUCACAAACGUGGCUUUGACUGGGGUUGACAUUGUUUCAACUUAUUAAAUUCCUGGUUUCAAAUCAUCUAAGAAGUUUCACACUAACAUUGAUGGAUUUUUCAAACGGAAUGUGUGAGUUAUGUGCGGAAUCUAAAUUUUCUUUCAAUAAAAAUACAUUCUGUUUGCAUAAUUAUUAUGAUCCGAUGAAGCGUUUUGCGUUACAUUGUGAGUUUGCGAUAGGAAAACGUGUUGGCCAGUCAGAUUUAUUGACGAUUUCCCGGAAUGUUUUACAGGCAUGUAACAUUGUAAUCAGCUUAGAAUUAAAAUCAGUUCUUUACGUUAUUGUCCGUUUAACACUGAAAAUUGUGUUAUGAAAGAAAGUCGUAGCGCAAUAGUCAAAAUGACUUGCCGUGCGUCAAGUUAAAUGUAAACAAGGAAAUUUGUAUGUGACAACAAUAUGUCAAGUUUUACCUGUGGACGCCGAGGUCGUCGCUCAAUUCGACGUCAAAAACUGUCUGCGGAUGUACGCCUUGAAGAACGCCUUGAAGAAAUUACUAUCAGUAAAGAAUUUAAAAUGGAUAUAGUAGUAUUUGCUUUUGUUUUAUAUAUAAUUGCUUACCAAAUGGAGAUGGGUUUAUUUACUCAAUGAAACAUUUUAAUGUACUUUGAAGAGUCUUUUGUCUAAAUAAGAUGUUCAAAACAUUCAGAUCUUGAAGGCAUAUGGUGCAAAUAUUUACGUUAUGUUGCAUUUGAGUACAGCUAUUGGUCUUGCUGAAUUAAUUAAUGUUAGAUAUAGCUCUGUAAUUCAGCAUAUUUAGCUCUAUAAAAGUAAAGAUGUAAGCUGUAACGGCUAGUAACAAGAGGGAGUAGGCCCAUCGAGAACUCGACAUGCGACCGCAACAGAGUAUCUUACAAGUAAUCCAGGGUAGGAGGGAUGGGAUAUCAAUCAUUAUCUAAGAAUUUUAGUGUAUUUUUUGAGAUUUUUCAAAAAUGGGUUGCAGGCGUAAAAUAAGUUAAUUCAUAUGAUGUUAUUGUUUGAUUUUGUUGAAAUUUUUAUAUGCUAUCAAUAAUAUAUUGUUCUAUGGGCACACUAAACUUCGAGAUAUAACGUUCAGUAUUUUUAAAAUGUUGGCAAAAUACAAAUGGUGGUUUAGCUGUUUUGUUCAGUACAUUUGUAAUAUUCUAAAGAAAUAAUGUUUCCUAUUAAUCAUUUCAUCGGUAUUGCUUUCAUUCUUACAUUAUUUUGUGUAACUUUUUUUUGGUGGGUGUAUAGAAUUUAUUCUAUAAUUUAUUCUUAUUCGGUGGUCAAAUUGUAUAUAAACGAUACAAAACAACAGAAGGACAAUUCAUUCAGCUUCGCUGUAGGUGUCAUUAGCGCUACCUAUAAAGGCUAUGGCAGUGCUUCUGUCGUCAUUUAUGUCGGUCGUGUCAUCUGCAAGGUUAAUGUUUAAAUUGUCCGUUGAAUGAACGAGCGAUUGCAUAGCCUCGGAUUUUCCUGAGAAUACUUGGAAACGCUGGCGACAAGUGAUUUGUCUUAAGAUCUAAGAUAUUCUAAAGAUUUUAGAAGCCAUUUUCUACAACGAUUACCUGACAUGUCUAAUGUACUUUUUUCAAUAACUGGACUAAAAAAGAUAAUGAUAUUAACGACUAAAUAUACGCAAGAUUGACCUACUUUAUCUGCAUAUACCCUUUGCAUCUGCAGUGGUGCAUUCAACAAGCAGUUUAACCCAUAUUAUUAUACAAGACCCUAAAUUAUUGUCGUCAAAUUGAGAUAUGGGGUUUUGUUUUGGGAUCCUGCGUCCUUGAAACGCGGCUAUUUCUAUUGAAUCCUUAUCCUUCAUUUCUAUGGAUUUUUCACAAGCAUGCCGAACUUAAUUCCACAAUGUCUGAAUGUCAUAUCUUCAAACUCCUGCUAAAUGUUAAGGCAUAUAUAUUUCGAUAUACUAAGAUUUGUUUGUUUGUUCGUUUGUUUGGGGUUUAACGCCGUUUUACAACAGUAUUUCAGUCAUGUAUCGGCAGGCAGUUAACCUGUAUUUCUGGAUUAUGUGCCAGUACAAACCAGUCCUUCGCCAGUAACUGCCAACUUCCCCACAUGUGUUAUCAGAGGUGGAGGACGAAUGAUUUCAGAUAAAAUGUCGUUUAUCAAAUCGUCACGGAACAUACGCCCUGCCCGGGGAUCAAAAUCCUAACCGUUCGAUUCGUAGACCAACGCUCUCCCUACUAAGCUAAGAAGGCGGGUCACGUCCCGUCAGAUUUACAUUGAUAUGUAAUGUUGGACUUUUAACCUAAUGACUGAAACGGUUGGUUUUGUUUUGUGUUUUCGUUUGGUUAAACGUCACAUCGACACAAUUAUAGGUCAUAUAGUGACUUUUCAACUUUUCAUGGUGGAGGAAGACCCCAGGUGCCCCUCCUUGCAUAAUUUCAUCACGGGCUGUGCACCUGGGUAGAACCGUCGAACUUCCUUAAGCCAGCUGGGUGACUUCCUCACAUAAAUAGUCUAUGCCCCAAGUGAAGUUCGAUGUGGGGCAAGUAAUUUGAAGUCAGCGACCUUAACCACUCGGCCACAGAGGCCUCCAAAUGGUAGGUCAUCAACUGAAAACAAAAUAAUAUUUCAUGAAAACUUCGUUAUAUCAAGAUAAUCUUUUGAAGUAUCGCGAUAGCUACCUAGCUUUCUCGUGGCAGAAAUAUGCCACCAUAUAUUGAUGCCAUAUUGUUUUAGGGUUUUCAAGUCUCUGUCGGUGCAUAUACAACAAUAGCUAUCAAGAAUAUAUCCUGGACACUGGCAUUGCCAUUUGCUAAUGGGACAUGAACGAACAACGGUCAUAUUUAGUUCAUAUCAAGUUUAAUAAAGAUUUAUUCAACACUUAAAAUUGUUCAAAUAUUUAUAAUUAUACAUUACUGCAACAGUCAUAGUAUCUCUGUAGCGCAACCAAAUUAGAUUGAAAUAGUGUACAUUCCGAAGCUACACACUGUUCUUAAACUUUACUUUUCGUUCAGGUACUCCUCAUAAAAUUAACUAACGUGUUUGCAAACCAGGACGGUUCCAAACUGAAGGGGAAGAAGAUUUUUUUCGGAAAUAUGUCGAUUGAUAUGACAAAAUACAAUACAUAGCAUUAACCAGACUAAAAACCGGGCAAGUCUAUAUAAUGUGCUUACUCUGAAUGCAUCAAUGUCGAUUCUAUUGGAUUUUGACCUGUGUACAAUUAAAUGUUAAUUUUCUGUUUAAUUUGCAUUUAUUUCCUCUUUCUUGGUUGAUAUUAACAUCUGCCCUUGUGGAAAUAAGUAUAUGAGUUUCUGUUUAAUCCAAUAUCAUAGGGAAUAAAGUAUCUAUUUCAUAGUCACUUCUUAGUUUUCUGAAUUUUAAUAAUUUUGAUGUAGUUAUGGCGGUAGUUAUCAUGUUUCUGUUUUUCACUGAGGUCUGGGGCGUUGAAUUCUUCAUGUGAGGAA